UCUGGCUCUCUAUCUUUUCUGUCUUUAGGGAAAACUGAUCUGUGGUCAGAAACAUGGUGGGAUAAGAGUUUUCAGGUGUCUGGAUGGAGCCACCCCAUGUGAGGAUGGGAGGUGAAGAGGAAUGUCACAGCAAUGAAUCUGGAUGGACCAUGUAUAUUGGGUCUCCGAGAGAUGAGGAUGCUCAUUGUGAUGAUAAAGAGGAGAAAGGUUUUAGCUUUGAUUAUGAUUAUGAAGAAGCAGAAGCUGAUGCAGAUGUUGAAAGUGAUGAUUCUAUGGCUUCUGAUGCUUCUUCUGGUCCGAGUCAAUAUGGAGUGAGUAAUCCAUUGGGAGGUGGCUGUGAUGGAAUCACACAGUUUCAGCAGAAAGAGGAAGUGAAGAACAAGUAUUGCUCAGAUCACAAAGCAAGUAAAUCAAAGGGAAAUCAUCAAGUAGUUGAAAAAAGGGCUGAAAAGAAUCAUAAAAAGAUGGUUUUGAUCAGUAGUAAAGGUAAGGCUCCUGCAGUUUAGGAAUGGUAGCAAAAUGUUAAGGUGAAUGGUAUACUUAAUGUGAGGAAUAAUAGAUUUAUUUUAAGGUUUAGGUUAUUUUCUUAGGUUUCAGUUUUUCCUUUUUUGUGACAAAUUACUAUGUUUCGUUACUAGGUUUCUAUCAUGUUGUAAGAUUUGAAUCAAGAAAACAUUGGCCACGUUUAGUUUCUG